UCGUAGUAUACGAAAUAAAAAAGAUCAAUAAAAAAGCUCCAUCGAAAAUGGGAAUUCUGUCCCAGUCUCGAGUAGUGUUCUUCAACUUCAACAACAAUUUUCUCACAAAAAACCCCUUAAAUUCUCAACAUCGACGACCAUUUUCAAUCAUGGCCGGAAGUAGCAGCAGUAAUGAUGAUUUUGUCAAAGGAAGAGUUCACCCCAAUGGAGUUGCAAUUAUCACUCUUGAUCGUCCUAAAGCUCUCAACGCUAUGAAUUUAGAUAUGGAUAUUAAAUACAAAAAUUAUCUUGAUGAAUGGGAAAAUGAUCCCAGAGUCAAGUGUGUGUUGGUUGAGAGCAGUUCAUCUCGUGCAUUCUCAGCAGGAAUGGAUAUUAAGGGGGUUGUUGCCGAAAUCCAAAAGGACAAGAGUACACCAAUUGUGCAGAAGGUUUUUGGCGCCGAAUAUUCUCUCAUAUGUAAAAUUUCCUACUACAAAAAGCCAUACAUUAGCUUUAUGGAUGGGUUUACAAUGGGUUUUGGAAUUGGCCUAUCUGGACAUGGUCGUUACCGGAUUGUAACUGAGAGAACCGUUCUAGCUAUGCCAGAAAAUGGAAUUGGCUUAUUUCCGGAUGUUGGAUUUUCUUACAUAGCGGCACAUAGCCCAGGAGGAGGGUCCCUAGGUGCUUAUCUUGGACUAACUGGUAAAAGGAUUUCAUCCCCUGCCGAUGCACUAUUUGCGGGUCUUGGGACUCACUAUGUGCCGUCGGGAAACUUGGGCUCAUUAAAGAAGUCACUUCUUGAGUUUACCUUUUCCAAUGACCCAGAUAACGAUGUUAAGGCACUGGUUCAAGACUUCAGCAAGGCACCUGAAUCAGAAGCCCAAUUGAAGGGUCUUUUACCUGAUAUAGUUUCAUCCUUUGACUCGCGUAAAUCGGUCAUUGAGAUCAUAGAAGAACUAAAGAAGCAUCAACUGAGUACUGAAUCUGCAGUGGCGGAAUGGGCAAAUGAGGCACUUCAAGGGCUUGGGAAAGGGGCACCCUUUUCUCUCUGCGUCACAAAUAACUAUUUUUCUAGAGUUGCAUCUGCAGUAGGAAAAAGAGACAACAGUUUAUCUGAAUUAAACGGUGUCAUGAAAGCUGAAUACCGCAUCGCAGUAAGAUCUGCACUCCGAAGUGAUUUUGCUGAAGGUGUCCGCGCAGUUUUGGUGGACAAGGACCAGAAACCAAAUUGGAAGCCUUCGAGGGUUGAGGACGUUGAUCCAAGUGAGGUGGAGGCUCUCUUUAAGCCAUUCCACCAAGAACAAGAGGAACUAAAGGUAUGAUCGACAUCAUUACAUCACAAAAUCUAAGGACCAAGCCAAGAAGAUAACAGCACAUUGAGUUGGAAGCUGCUCAACAUAGAGAAACAGAAAUAAGACAUGGGAAAUGUUGCUCGUCAGUUCUCUCAAAUAAUUUGGAUCUUGAACUUUUUAAAAUCGUUCCUCGCCUCUGUAAAUAUUUUAAUCCAAUUGAAGUAUUGAACUUGGCAAGCUUCAGUAGUCUAUGUUACUUUUGCCAGUGUAAAAUUGUCCGACACAUGUAGUCAAAUAAUCAUUUCAGUGAGUGUGAUGAAGCAAUUAUAGUUUAAGCUGAACAAUAA